AUGGUUCGCCUGAUUUCGCUGUUCGUGUCGUUGCUUGCGUUUUCGUUGGCCCAAGCCCGAAUGGUAGACGUCCGUCCUGGAAUUCUUGUUCGUUCUGCCGCGGAUUUCAAGACAAGAGAAUAUGUUGGCCAACCGUGCUCUUCCAGCAAGUUGACCAUUUGUCGAUCAUGUGACACCAUCGCGGUUUGCCUUGGUGGUAUGUUUAGCCAGCUGGAUCUCUCACGGAAGUGUCCAUCUCUGACACCAUAUUGCAACCAGAAUGAAGAUGGAAGUGCAACCUGUGGAUCGAGUCCUGAUGAUCAGUGUAGAACGCAGGGUUCAUCGGAGAUGGAGUUCAGUUGUACGGGUACUGGAUUCUUUCCGGAUCCUCUGACCUGCGAAAACUAUUACUAUUGUGAGCGUGAAGGUGCAAUUGCUGACCAGUAUCAGUGUCCUAAGGAAUAUCGUUAUAAUAGCAGAAGUACAAUGUGUCAGAGAUUCCUUCUGAAGCGCUGUCAAACGGUCAAGUGUGAUUCGAGUAGUCAGAAAGUAUUCAGUCCAUAUCCACAGGAUAAUUCGUUCUACGUUUACUGUCAGUUUGACUAUACCAAACCGAAUCCUACGUUAAUUAAAACUUUCAUUAUAUCGUGUGGAAAAGGAUCACAAUUCAACUAUCAACGACAAAUAUGCGAGUUCCAGUGUCGAAAAGUGGGAAUGUUCGUUAAUACAGCCAAUCCAAGGCAAUACUUUUUGUGCAGCCGAAUUGGUUUUCGAUGGGAAGCAAAAAUAUUGACCUGCAGGGAAGGAUACUUAUUUGAUGAAUCUCUGAGGCGGUGUAAUCGAGACCCGUAUGCGAGUACGAGUACUGUUACGUUGUCAACCACAACAGAGUCUAUUACAACAAGUCCUCUUUCAACGACAUCCGGAACUUCAAUAACAUCCACUUCCUCUAUUAGCACCUCGCCUAUAACAGUGGAAAGCACAACUAUUGACUAUAGUACAACACCAAAAUUAACAACCACUGCUUCUCCGACAACCAUUGAAACUUCCACAGUCGAGCUCUCCACGCCGUAUACAACGAGUACAACGGUUGAAACCACCACUGUCGCACCUACAACAACUCCAGCAACCACAACAAAGUAUCCCACAACGACUUCUGGUAUUUCAACUACAAAAUCUCAACCAAUCUCUAGUUCCACAAUGGAGAGUACCAGUACAUUCAGCUCUACUGCAUCUACCACUGUACAAGGUACAACAGCGUCGAUCCCAACUACUAAGGUUGACCCGACCUCCACAACACAACUUCAAACAACCAAGGCAGCCUCUACUGCUGAAUCAUCAACCACAAGGGAAAUUUCAACUACCAAAUCUCAAACGACAGUGGAAACCUGCACUACAACUCAGACAACGAUUCCCGUAACCACCACUGAAGUCACAACAACUAAGAUUGCGUCUUCUACAAUUGCACAGAUUUCAACUACGGAGCCAAUUAUAAGCACUGUUGAACCUACGACAACUUUGAAGACCACCUCCAUUGCCAGUCCUUCAUCGGAAACUACCACAUCUUCAUCUACGUUAGCUCCCGACACCUCUACCAUAAUGUCUACCGGAAUCAUAAAACGCACUACAGCAACUACAAGUUCUACUUCAACCACAAUUUAG